AGAAGAAGAAGAAGAGCACACCUGAGGAACCCAAUCGAGGAGGGGCACGGCGGGUACACUGCUCCUAUAUUGUGCUCUAUUGCGUUUAUUAAGGGUGUUUAAGGGUUAGUACGCGGCAGGAAGAACUGUGAUAGACCAUAGACACUCCCGGAGCACCUGUCUUGCCUUGAAUCAGCGGUAAUCAGCCCCGCCGAGCCAGCUGAUGAGGGACGGGUGGCGGCUGUCAUCGUCCUCAGCCCGCCCUGCCCUGCUGCCGUCCUCGGGUGGUCAUCAUGAAGGUGCACGAUGUCAUUAACUGCAGCUUCCCGGCGUGGUAUGACAAGUUUAGGAAGUGCUCCAUUAAAAGCAUAGUGGUGCCCCUUACAGUGGAGGUGUUGGCAUACCUCCAAGAUAAUGGCACACUAGUCCUGCCCGAAGGCUCACAACCUGAGCUGACAUAUGAGCGGGGACCCACAUCUGAGGAGGAAGAAGAGGAGGCCUCAGAGGACUGGGACCAUUGUGAGACCUCUGGCUCUGUCAUCGAGGGCCCUAAGCUGGAGGAUUUCACCAACAAGAUCCGAGAUGCUAUCACAAAAUUAGGAGGAAGUGUGUUUCCCAAGCUGAACUGGAGUGCUCCUAAGGAUGCCUCGUGGAUUGCCUUCAACAAUUCCCUGCGGUGUUGCACGCCUGGGGAUGUCUUCCUUCUCCUCAAGAGCAGCAGUUUUGUGACCCAUGAUCUCACUUCUCCAUUUAAGGACUGUGAUGAUCCGGGUGAGGCUGAUGCGCCCGUUGAUUACUGUCUUGUUCUCCGCAAGUGGAUGGAUAUCAAUCCUGCAUUUGAAUUUCGUUGCUUUGUUAAGAAUAAGGAAUUAGUAGGUAUUUGUCAAAGAGAUGUGAGCCAGAGCUACUCCUGCAUUGGGGGUGACCGCUUGAACAUUCGCAGUGACAUCAUCAGCUUUUGGCGAGAAAACAUUGAAAAUAGAUUCCCUCUUCAAGACUAUGUGUUUGACGUUUAUCGACCAGCCAAAGACCAUGUGGUAUUGCUUGACUUCAACCCAUUUGGAGAAACUACUGAUGGCUUGCUCUUCACCUGGUCUGAGUUGCAGCAGCAGAGUGAGGAUGGAGGACAAGGCUUAAGCAGGAUCAUUGAGGAUGAGAUUAGUCUCAUGAGGAUUGAGGACAUUGAAGGCAGCAACACCCUCCACAACAAUGAGAGGAAUGUGUUUGACAGUAACAGACACACUCCUCCUCGUGAUGAUCUGCCUGAAUUCAGAUUUAUAGCAGAUGCCACAGGAGUGCAACCCAGCCCCUACAUGCAGUAUGGUCUUCCAUUGGACAUCAUUGACCUCAGUACAGGACAAGACCCUCAAAAACUAAUAGAUUUUCUACAAAUGAAAGUUCAAAAUGAAGCUGAUGAGAGCUCUGAGGAUGAAGAAGUUCCUAGCUGAUCAGAGGAGGUAAUUGGGUCUGGUCCAUUUGCUUUGCCUUCGCCACACACAACUGGAUCCAUAGAAGAAACUAUUUUCUAUAAAGGACUUCAUCAACAUGGAGGGUAAUUUCUAAUACACAUGCUAUAGACUCUGCACCAAAAUAUUUGCAGAUGUGCAUAUAACAACUUGAAAACCUGUGGGUUAAUUUAAUUUAAUUUUUUUUUUUUUUUCAACUUCAAUCAUUCAUCAGGGUCUGGAUGGCACAUUGGCAAAGACUCUUCUUUGAGGAUGCAAGAUUAUAGCUCAGUCAUGGUACCCUCUUGAAAAAGGCAGUACUCUUGAGGCCCUAAUGACUUUGUGUCUGUCAGUUGUUAAUUAUUUUCAAUUAAAAGCGGUGUAAUUCAUUUUAUCAUCACAAAAAAUUUACCUGUUUGGUAUCAAGAAUUAACUUUUAGAGUUCACUUUGACACUUCCACCUUUUGUGGUCACCAUAUUCUCCAGUACUAAGAAGCUAGGUAAGAAUCUCUACUUAUUACACAUCACCACCACAACCCAUUUCCGACACUUAUCAAGUUAGGAGUAAUUAAAAUCUCAUCCAAAUUUUGCUUCCUCACUGUGUCUAUAGCAAAAGGGGUAGAUGUAAUGAUGUGCUAAGGCUAUACUGGCUUAUACCAAAGUACUGUGGUCUUGGGUCUAGAUUGUGAUGAACACUUGUGAGGCAUGGUUCUAAUACUCAUCGGCUGCUUGUUUUCUGUAACAAUGUGGGCUGUUGAGUGGUUUCUGUAUUCUCAGAUUAUUUUAGUGUAGUUGGUUUUACUUGCAUGCUACAUUCAUGUAACAUCUGUAGCAGAGGUUUUAUAUAGUUUGGUUGUGUAUUUGUGUCCUCCAUACAAAAAGUAGGUGAGGUCAUACAUUGCAUGAUAAGGUACUAUACACAGUAUUGCUAAUCUUUUUUUGUUGUUAACACAGUCUUGGAAAUGUACUUACUGCAUUCAGAAUCAGUUACAGCCAAUGCCAGGCAACAUUUACUCCUUAAAUUGUGCAUGUCUGCCACAUGCACAGUACAGUGGCCUUGCGUCCAAUGUGGAAAUUUGGUCAGUCAGGGAUAGCAUUUUGUUGGAUGAAACUAGCAUUGUAUAAACAAAAAAGUAUGGAAAAAGAUAAUUUUGUUGAAGAAUUCUGAGAAAUCACUCGGCACUCAGUUUCCUGUAGCAGAUUGCCCAGACUAAAUCAGGGCAAUAGCUGAUAUAUAUGAGAGGAAGCGAGAGGUGUUGAGUGUGUGGCAAAGUGCGAGUGCGGAGCGGGGCCGCAGCCACCAUGACCCCAUCGGCCAGUUUCACGUGAAAAUACUAUAGCCAGGUCUGGUCUGCAACACUCGCCAGGUGGCCGCAUGUUGUGGUGGUGGUGAUAGUCACAUUCCCUCCACAAGGGGUUCACCCAUUCAGUAGCUUCAUAUUCUUUUUUAGAGUUGUUAAAUUCCUUUAAUAUUAUUUGGUAUUUGUGUAUUGGUAAUUCACUCUAAGUUUGUCUGUGUUUGCAAUGAAAUGUCCACCAUGGGUUCAAUAAGCUGCUCUUCUUGUGAUAUACAUGCUUGUCUGUUUACAAUUAUCAGCUGAGCAGGUACUAGUAGUUAUGAUUGUUUUUAGCACCGUUUCAUAUUUUUAUUACCUGAUUUUUGUAGAAAGCACAUUCUGGACAAAGUGCAGUAAAAGUCUGGGGCACUUACUAAAUAGUUGGACAUGAAACGCCUUGGACGCAAGACCACUGUAUGUACACACUCAACAGAUGCCAUGAACAUAUUCAGCUGUUGUAUCAACUGUAUACAUGUCUCCUAUAGGCACCCUGCAAUAAAUUUAGUCAGCUGCGUGUGGAUACGAUUUAGACUACAAUAACAUCCUUGUCUUGCUGAAUCAGCAGAGAAUGUUGCGAUGAAAACAGAAUUGCUUGUAAAGAAAUUUGCUACCAUCCUGUUGUAGGGCACUUGUGAGUGCACCUCAUGAUAGCUUUACAGUAUCAUCAAGGUUUAAAAAUAAAUGAAUAGGCUUGCACCAUAUAUUUCACAAAACAUCUUUACUAAGUAAUAUCACAGCUGUUGUAAAACAAAAACAAAGUCAAUCAGUAUAUAUUACUAUACAUUUCGAAACUAAACCUUCACAUAUUCAAGACCAAAUUAUUUAAGCCAUUGUAUAAAAUUUCACAGUAAGUCCAUGAAAUAAUCUAAGUAGCUGAUGUUUCCUAUAGCUUGUUCCAUAUAUAUAUAUAUAUAUAUAUAUAUAUAUAUAUAUAUAUAUAUAUAUAUAUAUAUAUAUAUAUAUAUAUAUUUAAAGAAUGUAAAUACGUAUCUCAGAAAAGAAAUUGGUGUUUGACCACCCUCUCCUAAACUGUCACAAUCUGUGCAUUCCUUUCAGCAAAUAGGUGACUGAUACACAAUAAUGCUAAAGACAACAGAAUACCUGUAUUUUUUUUAACAUACUAAUACAUAUAUGUGGACAGACUAGUGGACGGUCACUGGCAGGAGAUUCCCACCACCGGCCGUCCACUAGGCUAUACACCUUCUGCAUAUAUAUUUUAUCACCACACAAUACUCGUUACAUGUAUUGGUAUGUUAAGAAAAUGUCUUUAGUAUUAUUGUGUAUCAGUCACCUCGGUCAAACACCAAUUUCUUUUCUGAGAUGGAACGGGCUAUAGUUAAGUAGCUAAAAUUGCAUGAUCUAAAUACACUUUGUAUGGCCACUCCUGUACCACAUUAAAGUCUUAGAGCUGCAAUCAUGAAACAUAACUUUAGUCACCACCAGGGUAAUGGCUGGUGAUUGCAAGUCUGUUGCAUGGCCAGACCAUGGUGGAUUAGACUAUGGAUAAAAGUUUAAUAUAUUUUGAUGACUUGGGAAUAAGAAAUGUACUUGAGUUGGUCAGAUCAUGUGUAGAACUGAUAACAGAUGGACAUCGAAGUAACACUUUUAAAAGUCAGGGCAGACAGAGGACCAAGUGGAGGCCAAAUUAAAGCAUUUCCCAGAGCAGGAUGGAGUACAAUAACAUCAGACAGAGUGAGGUGUAGAAUGUUGGGAGAGGUCUUUGAAUUACAGUGUAUUCAUACUGACUGUCAGUAUGAAGAUGACACACUGUCAUUCAGCAUUUUGAAUCCUGCUUCUCUGAAAUCAAGCUUAAUUUCUACUUAUGGUGGCACUGAAGGGUUACUGGCAUUUCCUCUGGAUCCAUUUUGAUGAUGCACUCUUAGAUUCACACCUUUAUACUUAUGAGGACCAGUCAUGAGAACUGGAGUAUUCAGAGAUGACUAGAUCCUUCUUUAAAGGCAAUAUCUUUGUGGGCUGAUGAUUCCUGAGAAGCUAUGAUGCUUUCUUUGAAUUUUUAUAUAAAAUAAAGAGCUUCACAACUGAGGAAUAAUCUGCUCAUCAGGAUUUCACCCCAACAGAAGCAUCUGGUCAUCUAUAAAUACUUCUGCCCCCAUGAGAUAUGUAAGAACAGGUGUGACCCAUAAAAUGCUUCACAAUAUGAACCCACUAAAAAGGAAUUUUAAGUCUGCCUACCACAAAACCCAUCCUCAUGUCACCUCACAUGCCUCACCAUUCUCUUAACACUGGACACUGUGAAGAAAUCACAAUGUAGUUGAAGAUCUCACUGGUAACCUGACCAAAACUAGUCAUUAUGUUUACUGAAGCACCAGUUUCUUUUGCAGAAUAUUUAGGGGAACUUGGAAGUUAGGUCACACUAUAAUCAGAAACCCAAAGAAAGUAAAGAUGAGCAAUGCUGAGUCUUCUGGGCAACCUGUCUGUAUUCAAGAAAAUUAUAUACCUAUUGUAUGAGACCUGGUUUGUACUUAUAGCUAAGAUCAUUAUAUCAAAGGGCUAUCACUGUAUCAAAUAUUAGCAUUAAAUGAAAUUCACAAGAAGUACAGGUUUCCUCUACCCCAUUAAAAUGAAUUUGCCAAACCGGCAGAAAACCGUACACAUUAGUCUUGAGAAACUGUAACAAUGAAAAAGGUGCCUCAGGAUCGUAUCUGCACCUCCAGAACGAAGGGAAGGCACAGUCACUGUUUACAUUCACUAGGGAAAUUGUAUCAGCAGUGCAAAACUCAAAAUAUUCACCACUUUGUUGUCCAGGGAUUGAACUCUCACCUCCAAAUUAAAAGCAGGGCAGCAUAUCUUCUCAGUCACCUUUGAGCUGAAAGUUACCUUGCCUGCAGUCCUGGUAAUAAUGAUUCUGGCACCUGCUCCCACUGUGGGUGAAAGGAAUAGUAACCUGUUCAAAUAGGAAUGCUUUUAAUAAACUCAAGAAGGCACUUAUGGUGUUCAUUUUUAUGCAAGUAACUGUAAUAACCUAGCUCACUGAUGUUCACCUGGAUCUGCUGCCCUGUUUAAGCUUGGAAGCACAUGUUCAAACCCUGGGCAUUCUAGUGGUGUAUAUGAGUUUUCAUUGAUGUUAGCAUUUCUCAUAUUAAUAUAAACACAGCAUGUGCCUUCUCAGGUAAAUUAAAACCCAUGAGCAUCAGAAGGUUACCACUCCUGUAGCCCAUGGUGGAGGCAAAAUGCCUCUUACACAUGUACGAAGUUGUGGGCCACUGGCAAGGACUGCAAGCUCAUCGGUGGCUGAGUGGGUAUGCUGCCCUGCUUCCAUUCUGGAGAGGCUGGUUCCCCAGGCACUCCUGUGGUGUAUAUUUCAAAACUGUUAGGUUUAAUGAAUGAGCAAAUAACAUAUUUGAGCUGCUAUCACAAGACUUUAGGAGCAAGUGGAUUGCAAUUAGUGUUGUCACCUCACAAAGUUGACAAAUGCAUGCUGGCUUCACAUCUGGUUCUAUAUUAAAUCUGUCUUCAACAAACACCAAGUUGAGAAUCCUGGACUAUUUGUAACAAUCAAAUAUUACUUUUUACUCCAUAACAAACCAGGUAAAAAUGUUAUUAACUUAUAGUAAAAUACACCAAAAUAACUGAGGCACAGAAAAAGCAUUAAUAAUCCCAAUUAAUUGUCUCCAUUUAACAUUAAACUAAAAUUGCUGACAGUACAGAAGGAAAUUUGGCAAGUGUACCGGUGCAGUUUAAACCAUAAAUGUUGAGCAUGCAAGAGAUUAAUUUGUUUACAAAUCCCAGAGAUGGCAUAACAGUAUGAAGUAGAAUAUUCAUGUUUUAGGAAUCUCUAUUGAAUAUGGACUGCAUAUCUUACUUGUAUACACUUACAAAUUGCAGCCCAUACAGUAUACUUAUCUAAGCUAUAAAAAAAAAAAUUAAAAAAAUUGUUACUGUAUAAUUUUCUUUCAGUAUAAACAAUGAAGCUCUAUGGGAUAUCAGUUGGCUUAGGAUGAGGUUGGAAAAUGGUUGCCUACAAUGGGAAGGAUCAUUGUCAAGAUUGUGAUGCACUAGCAUUUUUUUAUUGUAUAAUAUUUUAUCCUUGCUGUUCUUUUCACAGACUAAAACUGGGCUGUAGCCAAUACUAUAUCCUCCCAAUGCAAUAGCUGGAUUUUUAUUUUUUAUUUUUAUUUUUUAUUUUUAGGAUUUACCAGUUAUAUAAAAUAAGGAACUAUGUAUCAGUAGCAGGGCAACCAUCAUUCCUUGAACCAGUAACAUGUUUGUCCAUUGUAACUUGGUUACAUCUUGUCUGUUUACAUAUGGCAAUGGGUUCUUGUGUGCUAGUAUAUUUGUUUAUGUCUAGUUAUAUUUAAAUAACUGUGAUUAGCAGAUUCCACUCUGGAUUAUGAAGUGCCUCAGCAUUCCUUACUCUGUUCAUGGAUUUAAUGCAGCUACAAUUGAUCUCUUUGCAGUAAUGUAAUGUUACUUGACAUUUUCAGGCUGUCUUUUUAACAACAUUAAUAAUAUCACUGCACUCACUUUUAAGAGCACACAUCUGUCUCCAUGCUACUUUGUUUUUAUUUGUCUGUGAUAAUUGUGCAAAGUCAUCUACUGACAUGUAAAAUAAAAUAUAAAUUGAUUAAAAAUAAUUGCCACCACAAUCCUAACUUUUCUUUUAAAUAAAAAUAACUUUUCAUGAAAUAAUUUCCUUAAUGCACAUCACCCAACAAAAAAAUAAAAUAAGAGAUAUUAACCUUUCUGGCAAUCAGCAAAAAAUGCAUAUUACUUCUCUGAGGUCAACUGUUAUGUGGGAACAAUAUUAGAUUAAUAAAAUGUCUAUUGCC